AUGACUUUGGCAGGGACGUUUCUAGGGCCCUGGUACAAGUGGUGGUAUGGAGUGUUGAAUAAACGACCGAAUUUGACUCCGUUGAUGAAAACAGGAUUCGAUCUUUCCACAGCUCCAUUUCUUCAUUUUACUUUCCUGGCAUUCUACGUCCUUAUACACGAGAAAAAGAUAAUCGACUACGAGCGCGGGGUAGAAAAUAUGAUCGAGCUUAUAAAAUUGGAUCUUCUCCUUUUCUUGCCAAUCUGCUACAGCAAUUUUAAGUUUAUUCCCCCUGGAAUUUGGCAGACGGUUUAUAUCAACGCUAUGUACGUCCUGUUUGUCGAGCCAGUUUGUUCGAUGAUCAUCAACGAUAAUGUUCAAAUAUUUGAUUUCUUUUUCAACCUUUUGCCUCAGCCAGCCUUUGAGAAGUUUAUUGAAACGAUUGGUAUUAAACCCAUGCUAGAUUUAAUUAUUGAAAGAACCCCUGGAAAGUAA